AUGGGCAAUUGCGAAAGGAAAUCCAGGAAGGGGGCUAUUGAGGGAGAAAGCCAUGGAGGAGUAAAGGCUAUCGAGGGAGAAAACCAUGGAGGAGUAAAGGCUACCAAGGGAGAAAGCCAUGGAGGAGUAAAGGCUAUCGAGGGAGAAACCCAUGGAGGAGUAAAGGCUAUCGAGGGAGAAACCCAUGGAGGAGUAAAGGCUAUCAAGGGAGAAAACCAUGGAGGAGUAAAGGCUACCAAGGGAGAAAACCAUGGAGGAGUAAAGGCUAUCAAGGGAGAAAACCAUGGAGAAGUAAAGGCUAUCGAGGGAGAAACCCAUGGAGGAGUAAAGGCUAUCGAGGGAGAAACCCAUGGAGGAGUAAAGGCUAUCGAGGGAGAAAACCAUGGAGGAGUAAAGGUUACCAAGGGAGAAAACCAUGGAGGAGUAAGGGCUAUCAAAGGAGAAAACCAUGGAGGAGUAAGGGCUAUCAAAGGAGAAAACCAUGGAGGAGUAAGGGCUAUCAAAGGAGAAAACCAUGGAGGAGUAAGAGCUAUUGAGCGAAAAAAACACGGAGGAGUAAGGGCUACCAAGGGAGAAAACCAUGGAGGAGUAAAUGCUACCAAGGGAGAAAACCAUGGAGGAGUAAAGGCUACCAAGGGAGAAAACCAUGGAGGAGUAUAG